AUGGCUUUGGUUGCAACUCUCGGCUGGAAUCAGAAAGGUUACAGGUGCGAGCUGUUUGGGAUCCGAAUAAGCAGUGCCCUAAGGGGUAUGGUGUACUGUAAGAGCCUUCUACUCAGCAAGGAAAGUCUGCAAAAAGUCACCACAGGGCGCGUGUUUGACCUGAUAUCCAAUGAUGUGAAAAGAAUCGAGAAUCUGACUUUCGUCUAUUUUUUUGGAUUCCCCUUUAACUUUAUUGAAAACGUGGUUAUGGUGCUUCUUCUUCAUUACUGGAUUGGUUGGCAAGCUAUUACGGGAGCCAUGUUCCUCUUCCUACUCGUUCCAUAUUUUGCUGGGUUAUCCUACGCUAGCGCUGCAGUGCGUCUGCGUACAGCGGCUGUGUCUGAUCGACGCAUUUCCCUGAUGAAUCAGGUGGUUGCCACGAUACGUGCCAUAAAGGCGCAUGUGUGGGGGGAUGAAUACCGAGGGAGGAUUCAAGAUAUACGAAGAGAUGAAAUUAACACCGUCCAUGAAAAGAAUGUCCUUCAUUCAACUGUUGAUGGCUUGAUCUUCAGUGCAUCGACCAUGACAACCCUGGUGUCAAUCCUCGCUAUGCUUCUUACUGGACAGACCAUCACUCCUGUGAAUGUUUUUAUGCUCCUUUCUUAUGUCGGUAUUCUGAGACGAAAUACCUGCAAUGAGAUGGCUCACGCUUUUCUCGUAACGCAUGAUACCUACGUUUCUUUGGGAAGAAUAGAAAACUUUCUUCUUCUGGACGAACUGUCCCGAAAUUUCGAAGAUGAACCUGAAAAGAACAGAUAUAGCCCAGAUAUUAGUUCAGUCAAACGACAAAAGAAUGCAGACCAUGUCUUGCCUGCCUACGAAAUUAAAGACUCGUAUACAUCUUCAUCUCUACGAGUGUCAAAUUUAACAUACAAAGGAACUGAUCGCGAACAUGAAUUCAUUCUCCAGGACAUCGAUUUUGUAGCACCGUCAGAAAGUUUAACAGUCAUUGCUGGGCCAGUAGGUAGUGGCAAGUCGACUCUCCUCUCAGCGAUCGCUGGUGAAAUCUCAGUAACGAGAGGAAAGAUAACCAAGGAAGGGACGAUCAUUCAUUUGCCUCAGACUGCAUGGGUCUUUUCUGGAACCUUAAGGGAAAAUAUUUUGUUUGGCCAACCCUACGAAGAGUCUAAAUACGCUGUGACAAUUGAUGCCUGCGCUCUCCAAAAAGACAUUCAGCGGUUUCCCAAAGGCGACCUAACAGUUGUUGGAGAACGCGGCGAGCUACUGAGUGGAGGACAGCAGGCGAGAGUGAGUUUGGCUCGUGCAGUUUACGCUGACGGUGAUAUUUAUCUUUUAGAUAAUCCGCUUUGUGCUGUUGACUCGAAGGUUGGGCAACACAUCUUUGAAAAAUGCAUCAAAGACCUGCUGUGCAAUAAAACCCGCAUAUUGACUUCUCAUCAAGAACAACACAUAAAAGAUGCUGAUGAAGUGAUUGUGUUGGACAAGGGGCGUGUUCUAGGAAAAGGACGUUGCACUGAUCUUCAAGGAAAGGGCAUUAUAAUUUCAACCAUUAACCCGGUAUAUAAAGCAUCUCUGCAUGAAAUUACUGACUUAAUGGAAAGCUUUGGCUGGAACAAAGAUGAGAUAUUAGAAGAUGGUGACGAAUGUAGCAAAUUAGCAUCCCAACCUUGUGAAGGUAAGAGUCUUAACAUAACAGAAGAGGACCGUGCAGUUGGGGUGGUGACAUUCAAGCUCUACUGGGAAUACCUCAGAAGUGGACUGCACCCUUUGGUUAUUAUCGCAGUCCUUUGUUUCUGUAUUAUCGCACAAGCUGUGAUUGUUGCUCCUGAUCUUUGGCUCCCUUUCUUUAUAAAGCAAACCCUAGAGGAACAAAGAAACAAGACAAACCUAAUCAUCUAUGGAAUUCUGGUUGCUGGAUGUUUUAUUUUUGCCAUCGCUCGAGCAUACGGACUUCUGCUGGUCUUUCUUAAAUGUGCUAAGCGUCUCCACGACAAAAUGGUUGUGGCCAUUUUACAUGCUCCGGUUCUGUUCUUUGAUUCAAAUCCCGCCGGAAGGAUCCUAAAUCGCUUUUCUAAUGAUAUAGAUUGUGUUGACGAACAUUUACCCAGAGAGUUCCUGUUGGCAUUGGAAUAUUUCUUGCUGAUGUGUACCGCAGUAUUCAUACCAAUUGCUGCAAAUCCUUGGCUUCUGUUUGUUAUUAUUCCUUUGACUGGAUUAUACGUGUACAUUUCGAAGUACUACUUGAAGACUUCCCAGGAACUAAAACGUUUGGAGUCAAUAUGCCGCAGUCCUGUCUUCUCUCAUUUUUCCGAGACAAUAAAAGGACUGAGCACAAUUCGGACAAGAGGGAGACAGAGUGAUUUCAUGGAUACGUUUUACAGACAUCAAGAUGUCCAUAAUCAGUCGUGUGUUUUUAUGAGGGCCUGCGGCAGAUGGCUUGCUGUACGCCUGGACGUCCUAGCGGUCCUGUUAGUUGGGGCAGUGGCUCUGGGGGCUGUUUUGACGGCUCAAAAUGCUGCUUUUGCUGGUCUCUCAUUUGUUUACGCUAUUCAGUCCAUAACUUUGCUUCAAUACUUUCUGAGAACAAGCUCUGACGUAGAGAAUUACAUGACUUCUGUAGAGCGUGUUAUCACCUACACUAAGCUUGACUCUGAGCCUGGAUACAAAGUGGAGCGACUCCCCCCAGAAAACUGGCCAAUGGAAGGGAGUUUGACAUUCAGAGAUGUUCAGGGAAGUCAUCUUUCGUGGCAGCUCUAA